CAUUACUAAUACUUAGUCAGUUACCACCAUAUUUUCACUUGAUCUCAUUUCUAAUAUCUCUCCUAAAACCAAACAAAUACCCACCAUAAAUCUUCUUUUACCAUUCAAAGAUAUCCAUUAGAAAAGAAUUCUCUCUCUCCCUCACACACACACACACAUAACAAACACAUAUAUAUUUCUGUACACACAAGAGACCAAAAGAAACUACUCUCUCUCUCUCUCUCUCUCUCUCUCUUAUGUGUAGUUCUAUAUGGAGAAGGAAGGACACAAAAAAGGUGAACAUAUAUAGUAAGCAAAACUAGUAUAGCUAAUUGGGGUUCGAUGAUGAUGAUGAGUAGUAGUACUCGUUACAUGUUAUUAUUUGGUUUGGUAAUAGUAUUAGAGUUGAGUGGUGAGUCAUGGGGAGAAGACAGGCUACUAAAUCCAGGGAAGUUGAAAAUGUUUGUUGAUGAGCUUCCAGAGAUGCCGAAGAUCCCAGGUUUCCAUCUCUCUAGUCACGGUCUUCCCAAAUCUAAGUCUCUCAAAAUCGGCAUGUUCAUGAAGAAAUGGAAAUUUCACAGGGACCUCCCGCCGACUCCAGUUUUCGCCUACGGUGAGUCAAAGUCAAAGGCAACAGUUCCAGGUCCGACGAUCGAGGCCGUACAAGGGGUAGACACGUUUGUGACGUGGCAAAAUCAUCUCCCUUCAAAGCACAUACUCCCGUGGGACCCAUCUAUCCCGACAGCCAAGCCACUCAACAAGAAGGGCGUCCCCACCGUGGUCCACCUCCAUGGCGCCAUCGACGAGCCAAGCAGCGACGGCAACUCCAACGCUUGGUUCACCAACGGAUUCAAGGAAGUGGGUCCCACCUGGACCCAACGGACCUACCGCUACCGAAACCUUCAGCACCCGGGAAAUCUCUGGUACCACGACCAUGCCAUGGGAUUGACACGCGUCAACCUUCUGGCCGGUCUAAUCGGGUCGUACAUUGUUCGCCACCCCGAAAUAGAAACCCCACUCGGCCUUCCUUCAGGCCCUGAGUUUGACCGGACUUUGAUGGUUUUUGACCGUAGCUUUCGUUCCGACGGUUCUAUUUACAUGAACUCUACUGGGAAUAACCCGUCGAUCCAUCCACAGUGGCAACCCGAGUAUUUCGGCGACGCCAUAAUAGUGAAUGGAAAAGCUUGGCCGAGAUUGAUCGUACGACGUCGUAAGUACCGGUUUCGGAUUAUUAACACGAGUAAUGCUCGGUUCUUCCGGUUCAAAUUCUCUAACGGUCUUCAGUUCAUCCACGUCGGAUCUGAUUCGGCUUACCUCAGUAGACCGGUAUUCACCAAUGACAUUUUACUGGGGCCAUCUGAGAUCACUGAUGUAAUUGUUGAUUUUUCAAAGUCGAACAGUAGUAGUGUUAUUUUAACCAACGACGCACCGUAUCCUUACCCUUCUGGCGACCCGGUCAACGAAUCCAACAAUAAGGUUAUGAAGUUUGUUAUCAAAAGAUAUCGAGAUGUUGACACGUGGCGAGUGCCUAAAAAGUUGAUUGAUUAUCCGAAGCCGGAUUUAUCCAGUGCUACGCGCACACGGUACAUUGCUAUGUACGAGUACACUAGCGAAACAGACGAGCCGGUUCAUCUUUAUCUGAAUGGGAAGCCGUACGAGGCUCCUGCUACGGAGACGCCCAAGGCAGGGACGGCUGAGAUUUGGGAGGUUAUCAAUCUAACGGAGGACAAUCACCCGCUGCACAUUCACCUAGGAUUGUUUGCUGCGAUAGAGGAAAGGGAGUUAGUGGACUUGGACAAAUUCAAGAGCUGCAUGACUAAACAAAAUGACGCCGUUAAGUGCCAGAUCAGCAAACAUGCACGUGGCAAAAUUUCACAGGUGCAGGCUCACGAGAGUGGGUGGAAGAAUGUGUACAAGAUGAAACCCGGUGUUGUAACUAAGAUUUUGGUGAGAUUUUCUUACAUACACUCCAAUGCAUCGUAUCCUUUUGAUGCAACUGAGGAACCUGGUUACGUCUACCAUUGCCACGUAAGUACAUUAUUUAAUCUUUUGUUUAAGCGUACGAGAAAAUAUGAGAUUUUCCUUUUCGAUUGUUAGUGGUCAAGUCAAAAUUUGUAAAAGAGAAGUCCUCUUUCUGCCAGUUGUUUUUUUUUAAAGAAAAAAGAAAGAAAUCUUUUGCCAGUUCACUUUGAGAAAAUUCGGGUUGGAAAUUACGUAGAGGGGAAUGGGAAUCCAAACAAGAAAAAGUGAGAGAGAGAUGAACUAGUUUUCAGUGAUUGAUAUUCAGAAGAGGUAAAUGACAAAUUUAUGAUGAUAAAAUCAAGAACAAAAAUACAAAUUGUUCAUUCCAAUAAGUUUAGGAAGUCACGGGUGGGAACGUACAAAUGGAGUGUUUAUAAUUUUAUAAUUAUUGUUUUCUUUUUCUUUUUUUUAUUGUCAAUGUUAAGGGGAAGUGUUUAUAGUUAAUAUAUGAAGUCUCCCUAUAUUUGAAUAUGUAAAGAUUUAAUGAUGUGUGUAUGGGCGACUCCAACCUAUAAUUGAUCCAUGGCCAGGCAUUGUAAAUAGCUUUUGAGCUCAAUCAUAUGGUUGAGUUCAAAUUAUUAAUGGCCAAUUAUAAAUAAAUGGUUUGCUGAAGUCACUAUUUUUAUUACGCAAUAAAUUAAAUAGUCACUAUCACACACACUAUAUAAGUAGCAAUAGCCUAUAAUUUUUCUUUUUUUAAAAAAAAAAAAAAAAUAUAUAUAUGCGCAUAUAUAACUUUUUUUUUUUUUUGAUAGCUUAUAUAACUAUUCUUUUAUUAGUGUAAUCAAAAUUACAAAGUGGUACACCUUAUUUUAUUUUAUUUGAUGUGUACAUUUGCAGAUAUUGGAUCAUGAAGACAAUGCCAUGAUGAGGCCAUUAAAAAUCAUCAAAUGAGGAGCUUCCAAUGGUAGAAGUAGAGACGAGCAAACCAUUGCUACUCGGUUUUAAAUGUAACAGUCUUUUCAAACUUUUUAGGGCAUAUUAACUUUGUUUACUCAUAAAGGAAAAAGGGAAAAAAAAAAUGGAGAUGUAAAUGAAGAGAGGAAAAAAGGGGUUUGGAGAAAAGAAGGAAUAAAAUAUUUAGUUUAUUAUUUUCAUCCAGUUUAAUAAUAAUAUAAUAUGUGUAUGACCAAUAAUUCUACUUUUAUUUUAGUAGGAUGAUCAAGAAUUC